GAAAACAAAUAUCACAAAAUUCAUAUAAAUAAUAAAACGAUUAAUUUAUGGAAAAGUUGCACAUUCUACAGUAAUAAGUUAUUAAAAUUGAAUUGAAAUACAAGACAGAUGUCAUGAAAAGAAUAAAUAACAUGGUAUUACCUCCUUCAUUCAUUUAGCUAUCCUAUAAGAGGCGAUAAUAUUUACGGAUAUCUGAUUCCCUUUGCAAUUAUCAAAGGAAGGUCCUGUAUUUCCGCUUGUCAGCUUUCAAAUGGAUUACAAUUGUAAUCCAGGCUUUGUUUCCCCAUUGAUAUUCUAAUGACAAUCGCACUUGCUCAUGCACCUAAAUCAAUCUUUUAUCUUGUAGCAUCGUUAUUGCCAGAGUUCAUAGUCCUGUUAUUAACCAAGACUAUCUUUUAUCUUUUCAGAAGCAUUUAUCAUUAUAUCUAAAUGUAUCCUUCUUCUCUUUAUUAUUAAAUAAUUUAGUCUUAUAAUGGAAGAAUAGCCAAGACAUUUUUAGUAUUUAAUUAAAAUUUGUUGUCAGAGCUUUCUCUGGAAGCUAAUUCUAACAUAGUGAUUGUUUCCACUUAAUGAGAAUGUUUUCAUCCCAGAAUCCUAAUGGAAAUUACUCUUAAUGAGAACUACUUUUACCAAGAAUUACUUUUAAUGAAAAAUACCCUUAACGAGAACCAGAAAAGUAAUGAUAAUUUAAUGAUAAUUAGAGUAUUUACUAAUAUCAAUAAUUAGUACUAGUAACGAGAUAAAUCAUAGAAAUUUAUUAGUGAUAGCGUCAUGUUUUACAAUUUUUGAAAUCCAGAUUCCACACUUAAAUCUCCUCUUUCACAAAAGUACUCCAAAAAUGAAAUCUACGUAAAAAAAGUUCUCUGUCAUUUUUCAUUUUUCACUUUAUAUAAUAUCUAAUAUUUAAAAAAUAAGUUUGAUUUUUAUGGGUCUUUUAUUGAAGAAAAUAUCUAGGUUUGGGAUUCAGAUUCUAAAAUCAAAUUUGCAUAAAAUAAUUUCAGAUAUUAGUAUAAGAUGAAAGAUGGGUAAUGAAGGAUGAAAUAGAAAUUUGUAAAGGAAUAAAAAGAAGAGAUAUGAAAAAUUGAUUUGAAAGUGUUCUUAUAUUGACUUGAAAUGCAAUGGAAGAUUUUCAUGUGCAUAAAAUUGUUUACAUGUGAAUAUGAUGGAAGAUGUAACUAUGAUUCCUUAUUUAAUUACAUGUUCCUCCUGAGUUUGAAAAAAUUGGACUCAUUUGUUUUUGACUUAACUGGUUCUAGCCAGGGUUAACCAGAUUUCUUAAUGAUGAUCGAACGUCAGUGUUAAUAGCCACAACUGCGGUGCAAAUACUUCUAAACAAUUACACCAAAUGCUCCUGAAAAAUGAGGUCGCGUGUUUUGGUACUAUUCUUCUGCCUGGCGAUUUCUUCAGCAGAACAGCGGCCAUCCGCAGAGACAAAAGAAGAAUGCAUAGAAAACCAUCCUGUCCUUCUCUACUAUUUUUCAUGGGUCGACUAUAUGGUGUUGGCUGCUAUGUUGGUAAUCUCAUGCCUAAUAGGUACUUUCUAUGGUUUCUUCGCUAAGAAACAGGAAACCAGCCAGGACUUCCUGCUUGGUGGCUCAAGUAUGGGAACGUUGCCUAUGGCGAUGUCACUGGCCGCUAGUUUUAUUACGGCUAUUGAACUUCUGGGAAAUCCUGCCGAAAUGUAUGAACAGGGUACUCAAUUCUGGAUGACAUGUCUGUCUUUUAUUUUGGUUGUACCCAUUACCUCCUGCCUAUACCUACCGGUUUACAUGAAACUGAGAUUAACCUCGAGCUAUGAGUAUCUUAAUCUUCGUUUCAACCGGCAUUGCAGACUACUUGCCGGAGGUCUUUACAUGCUGCAAAUGAUCUUCUACACAUCUGUAGCUGUAUAUGCGCCAGCGUUAGCUUUAAGUCACGUCACGGGCCUCAAUACUUACAUAGCCGUCACUCUAGUCUACGUAGUCUGUAUCUUCUACGCCUCACAGGGUGGAAUGAAGGCCGUCAUAAUGACGGACACCUUCCAAGCAGCGGUGCUCCUCGGCUCCCUCUUCCUAAUCGUUGGAUAUGGUCUUUUUUGGGAAGGAGGACCCUCCUUAGUAUGGCAAGUCAACGAGCAAUCUGGAAGAAUGGAAUUCUUUAACAUGAACCCCAAUCCAACUGUCCGACAUAGCUUCUGGAGCGUGGUAAUUGGUGGGACCAUUUACUGGACCAGCAUGUUUUGUAGCAAUCAAGCUUCCGUCCAAAAGUACCUUAGCGUAGAAAAAAUUGGUCAAGUUAGAACAGCCUUAUGGGUAUCAGCUUUUGGUAUGAUUAUAAUAUAUACCAUAAACUUCUUGACUGGUAUGGUGCUCUAUAGCACUUACAAAGACUGUGAUCCUCUACUAGCUGGCUAUAUAAGUGGCCAGGAUCAAUUGUUGCCACUAUACGUUAUGAAUUUCAUGGGUAGUCUCAAGGGAGUGCCUGGUUUUUUUGUUGCUGGGAUCUUCGCUGCCUCAUUGGGAACCGUGGCAAGUGCUCUGAAUUCCCUGGCGGCCAUAACCUGUGAGGACAUUCUCCAAGGGGUACUCAAGAUGGAGAUGCCAGCCAGGAAGGGUGCAAUUUAUGCUAGGUGGAUUAGUAUCUUUUUUGGAGCGCUUAGUUUCACUUUAGUUUUUGUCGUAGAACGACUUGGUAGCGUUCUUCAGGUCGCACUUUCGUUUAAUGGCAUGGUCGGAGGUAUUACCCUGGGAUUAUUUUCUUUGGGAAUGUUUAUUCCAUGGGCAAAUGCCAAAGGAGCAAUUGUUGGUGCCAUCACCAGUAUGGUAAUCGUCCUUUGGAUUGGCCUGGGAGCUCAAAUUGCUUUACUAAAUGGGCAAAUUCACCUAGAUAACAAGCCAGUGUCAGUCGAUGCUUGCCCAUGCAUUAACACUACAGACAUAAACCUAAAACAAUCAAAUGACAACAUUGAUGAAGUUUACUCCAUAUAUAAGAUCAGUUAUCUAUGGUACAGUGGAAUAGGUUGCAUCCUGACAAUGUUGGUAGGCGUGAUCGUGAGCUGUUUUACAGGUUUUCAGAACGCUGCAGACCUCGACCAGAACCUCCUGAGUCCACCCAUUGCUUCUUUGUUCUGUAUCAAAACAAAACCAUGUGCCAGUAAUGUCCAUGGUAUCACAAACUUUGGUCUGGAGUUAGACGAUGAAAAAUCUCAGGUGGAAAAUACUAAAAGUCCAAAGAUAUGAAGAACAAUACCUAUUAGUACAUUUAGGGAAGAUUCUAGGAACUGAAACUUCCUCUUGAGAUUAUAAGAUUAUGAGAGCAAUCAGAUUAUUUUAGAUAACUAUGAGAAUAUUCCAAAGAAUUUGUCCAAAAGGCAGCAGUUCCUAAUUCCAACAGUAUAUUCGCUAUUUUUAUUUCUUUAAGGUUGUUUUCUAUAGUCAGUUAGGGAAGAUCUGCGCUGACUGCACUAGAAAAGUCUACGUGUUAGUUUUUAAUAAAAGAAAAUGAUUAAGAAUUCA